UGCUCGAUUUUUUUACGUAUCGCCUGUUUUUUUUUCGGAAAUUGAGAGAUACAGACGUUUCAAGAUAACAGGGGAGACAACAAUAAAAGAGGGAGCAUUAUUAAAUAGUAAUUAAACAGAGCAAAGUGGGAGAACGUGGCGAAAACGUACUUGGUCUUUUUUGGACUGGCGUUGUCGACUGCUGGUGGAAGGCGAUUCGACAUCGUGCACUGAUGGACUCAUGGCCGCCGUGGAUGAACUCAUUGAAGACGACAUUCUAAACGAUCGUCGUGCGUUGCUUGAGGUAUUAUUAGGUACAAUGGACAUUAUGUGUAAAUAAGUAUAGAAAGAUUAUAUAAAAGCACACAGAAAGAGAGACAAGGCGAAGGAGAGAUAAAGAAAGGAAGAAAAGAAGGCGGGUCAGGAGGUGUAUAUGUUGUUGUUAUGGGGGCUUUUAGAGGAUAGUGUGCAUCGUAUAUACAGGCAAGAAGGCGUUUCAGCGAUCUUUGUGUGUAUGUUGUGCUUUCUGCUGCUGCUGUGCUGCUGUGUGCGUGCUUCUGCUUAUUGCUUUGCCAAGCACAGAUACACACUCUGCAAAGUACUUUUAUCUUAUUGUGUUUCGCACUGCAGCCUCGUACAUAUCAUGUUUUAUUGUUUCUUCUCCUUCUACUUCUGGCUCUGUGAGACUUGCUACCGCUUCCAAAAGUAGAAUCUUUUGCAGCAGCAAUUUGAGAGAGGAAUACAUGUG